CGUCGACUCCUAUUUGCAAGACACAGAAAAAAAAGACUCAAAAACCUGUCUGUUUUUGUGGUUCGCCGUUCAUGGCUCCUCGGUGUUCAGUCUGUCAGGUUACAGGUUUCGAUCAUCCCAUCUUCAAAGGGGUGUACAACUGCUUAUGCGAAGUGAAUUCCGAUCUUAAGGUCUUGGGCGGAAAUUUUAUGUUUAGUGUUCAUCUUUUUGCGGUAAAACUGGGACUUAGGAUGGCUGGUUUUCCGAUAGGCGAGUCAAAGCCUAUGGUCAUGGCCCGUGAGAUUUCCCCCCAUUUGUCUGAUAUCCGAGUGAAGGGUAUUAGGAAAGCACUCCUGAGAAUGAAGGUUUUGGCAAUGAUUUCAAUGAAGUUUGACUCCAACGAGAUACCUCCCGAUUGGCGUUCUAGUGAUCUGUCGUGGUCUGGCAGGAUUAACGCGUCUGGGGAUUUCUCUUUGGAACUUGAAGGGGUAAGUUCUACGGAAGUUCAAAAAAUUGAUAUUCCUGGGUAUUUUUUAUUUAAUGAAUUAUGUCCCAAAUUCCACUUCCGCGUCUUGAUUCAAAUGCUCGAUGAUCCUGAGCAAUAUGAAUCUGUAGAUUGGGUCUUAUUGGCAGAUAUGUUCAAGAAGAAACUCAAUGCCCCUGAAUUAGGCAUCUCCCCUGGGACUUCUAGCUCUUCGGAGGUGGUUGCCGAUUAUCCUCCACCGCGAGAUGGAUCUGUAAUUUUGGACAUGCCGGCAGAGACCUUGAGGCAGUCAAACUUCCAGAAGAUAUCUCCCUAUUCUUCUGAGGAAGAGGUGUCGCAGGGAAUGGGAACUGCGCGAGGGGAUAUAAUGUCUAUACAUUUAAGUAGACAUCGACCCUGGGACCCGUAUACAUUUAGUGGAUAUGGAAAAGAUUCACCUGUUGGUGUUGGGCUUUCUGCUCGUACUGGUGGUUCGAAGCUUUAUGAAGAGUUCUCAGAGUCGGAGCGACUGCUUACUGCACGAGCGCAUCUCUUUUACAAAGAAUAUCUCGAGCCUGUGAUGUCCACGAAGAAUCUCGAGGCUCCAAAAUUAGACAUCGACCCUGGGACCCGUAGCUUCAUGGAGAAGUUUGGCAAACGGCCUGUGACAGUGCCUGUACACUGCUAUGAACAAACCUAUACCUCUUUUGGAGGGGGAAAUGCUGAAACACCUGAAGAUGUCAUUAAAAUACCUGGUAAGGUGAUCUUGAGUUUUCAAUCCGUAGCUGCAGAAGAGCAUGUCAUCGACUUUUGUGAGCAGAUGCCAGAAACAAAGAAAAUUAUUCCUGUGAUACGUUUUUCAAAUGAAGCAACCGAUCCUCCUGCUAAAUUAAAUGAGAUAGUGAUCGGAAUCACUGGUCAAGCUGCCUUUUCUAUUAUGGGUUAUGCACUCACUGGCUCAUCUUCUUCGCCAGCUUCAUAUUUUGUGGUGGGAGCUACUGCAAUUGGUUUCAUUUGCACUUUGAUUGCCCUCACACUAAAGGGUACUAAAAAGCCUGAGGCACGCAUUCUGGGAAAAGUUGGAGCCAUGGCAGCAGCAUGUGCAGUUAUUGUGGCUAUGGGAAUGUUCCUUCCUGCGAACACCAUUUGGACCACCGGGAUUGCGAUUGCUUGUCUCAUCGCUGUAGUUGCGGUGGCAUUGGCCUAAUCAUUGCUCAAAUAAUUAUCAUUUCUUUCAAAUUCGCAUGUUUUCCUUGUUUGUAGUUUGUACUGCAACGAAGCUAGCUGUGUGG